AUGCCACGCCCGCUUCUGCUGCUGUGCUUAUUGCUGCUUUUGCUCCCUGCGUGCUGCAGCUGCAUGCAGGCUGUUCUUGUGUCAGAUGUCCACUACGACCCCUUCUACGGGACGCCCCGCGCCUACGGUCGAUGCGUGGUCCCAAGCCCGCCCCUCGGGGCCCCCGCAUGCGAGUCCUCGGCGGGGCUCGUCACAUCGCUGAGCGAAGACAUUGGCCCAACGGCGUCCUACUACAUGUUUGUGGGAGGGGACUUGCAACGACAUGCAUUUUCAAUUGAGGAUCACCACAUAAACGAUACCUUUGGGUUUGUCGUUGAAAAGCUUGCCGGGGCUUUCCAGCCUGCGGCCCACAAUGACACGUCAGCUGUGGUGGUGGCCGCGGGAAACAACGACAUGGUGCCGGACUACUACUUUGACGUCAGCAAGCCUGCCUCCAAGAUUCUCCAGGAGGAGUCGAAACUCAUGCAGAAAUACGGCGUACUUGCACUGGAGGAGGCCAAACAGUUUGAGAAGUGUGCGUACUACUUGCGUGUGAUCUCUUCUACCUUGCGCGUUAUCGUUUUGCACAGCCUUCUCUGGUGCCACACGAUUUAUCCCCCUAUUUCUGACGCCGAAAACGAUCCAUGUGGUCAGUUUGAGUUUUUGACCACUGAGCUGGCAAAUGCGCGGAAAGCACGCGCAAAGGUCAUCAUCAUGAGCCACAUUCCCCCGUACGUUGACUCAUGGAAGUUGCUUCACGCCGGGCGCUUUACCGCAGUGUCGGAGAACAUGUUCUGGAAGCCCAAGUACCAGGCGCGCUUUAACAAGUUAAUGCGAGAGUACGUGGACACCGUGACGGUGCAGCUGUACGGUCACGUACACCUAUUUUCUUUUCAGGCGCUCACCGGCGGUGUGCCGUCCUUCGUCAUUCCUGCCACAACGCCGCUGUAUAAAAACCUUCCCUCCUACUUCAUUGCGCGCCUGAGUGACGAAGAUUUCGCCCUGCGAGGCCUCACUCAGCGCUACUUAAGCAAAGGAGCUUGGACCAAUGGACUUUCUGUGGAAGAUGUACUUGGGGACUUGACCAAUAUUUCCUCGCUUCAGGCGUCUGCAAGGCGGCUGAUGACCGACGACAGCUUGUGGUCAAAGUUUUUGGCGUUGCGCGCGGGUGGGGUGGAGGACGACAGUUUGUUCCCCAGCAAGAGCUGCGACGCGUGGUGCCGGGCAUCCAUCGCCUGCACCAUGUUCUCGGACACAUGGGAGGACAUUGCGGCCUGCGUGAGUGCAAGUACAAAACACCCACCUCAUGAAGCUGAGGAUUCAAAGAUGAGAAUUGCCGUUCCCAUCUUUCUUUCACUUAUCUUCUUUCUUCUGCUCCUGAGCAUUGCUCUAAUGAUUCUCCACAGACUAAGGCAGCGACGCAGAGCGGAGUAUGCACAGGAGGCGCACGGGGAGUGGACGGUUCCAGCGUCGGCGCUUCGUGCUGGCACGGAGAACGGGGUGGAGGUGCAUCAGGAACAAAUGGAGGUUAAGCUGCAGGACAACAACCGCAGUUAG